AUGCAAAGAUGUUUUUGGACGAACAAGCCCAUCCGAAGCACACCGACCUUAUUUUACCAUUUUGUUGUACUUGGAUUUUGGAAACCCAUCAGUUCCCUUUCUCUUAUCGGCUGCUCGGCGGCGACGAAAACGGCGGUAGCUUCGCAAGAACCAGGCAUCAACUCUUGGAAGCUAGUUUUCACUUUCACAUGGUUGGUUACUAAUUUCAGCUUUCACUUCCCUCGCACCAAGCUAUCACAUCUCACGCAUCGCCAUAAUCAAAGAAAAGUGCUGGGAAGAUCAUCCUGGAGAAGCAGAAGCCGAAAUUUUAUGGUGAACCUUGGAAGGUGCUCAAAGGUGAUGUACUCCCACCUAAUGAAUGAAAACCAAAAGAUUUUCUCGAGGAAAAGGAUGCUCGGACUCUUCAUUUUUCUUUAAGUGCUUGUGUUUGAUCCAUCUAUGUCGGAUAUAUAUACUCAUAUCCUAUGGUCACACUCGAAUCAAGUAAUAUAGGUUUAGUAUGCAAAUGGAAAGCAAUUCCCUUCUUUUUAUA